AUGGAAGUUGAUCGCGCCGCAUCCGAUUCGGAAAACGUGGCCGCGGAUGAGAAUGUGAAACAAGUAGCGGAUGGCGGCGCUGGGGACGCCACCGGUUCUCAUUCAGAGAAAUUAAGACGCAAAAAUAAAAAAUACACCCGCAGCAACAGCAAAGAAGGCGCAAGCCCCGGCACCACACCUCUACCUAAAUAUCGAAGUUGGAAAAACAGCCGCCGGCCGCGCAAUGGUCACGGCAGGGGACUGCCGAAGAAAGGUGGCGCCGGCGGUAAAGGCGUGUGGGGUGUACCUGGGUCCGAAUUGCUAGAGGAAUACGUUGAGGACGCUAAUGACCCCAAUUAUGACUCCGAAGCUGUUAACGGUGAUGUGGAAUUCAAGCAAGUAAUUGUAGAAGCAGAUCCUGAGGAUAUUGUGCGUAAAUCUGAACCGGUGAUCCUGGAGUACUUCGAGCAUGGCGACACUAAUGCAGCAGCUGAGGACCUGCUGGAGUUCGUCACAGCUUCUAGAAGUCACCUGGUGUGUGAAACAAUCAUCGAGAUAGCUCUAGACCACAAGCCGUCACACUGCGAGAUGGCCUCCGUACUUAUAUCUGAUCUGUACGGCAGGGUGUUCUCCGCUAAGGAUAUAGCUUACGCGUUCGAGCGUCUUCUGGACAAACUCCCGGACCUGGUAUUAGACACGCCCGAGGCUGCCAUACUAAUGUCCAACUUCAUAGCGCGAUGCGUAGCAGAUGACUGUCUGCCGCCGAAAUUCGUGCAAUCAAAGACUGGGGCUGAUCUCAAUUCAUCGGCCAGACAAGCAAUUAACAGGGCAGAGACUCUCUUAUCAAUGAAGCAAGGAUUGGUCAGGCUUGACAAUAUAUGGGGGGUUGGAGGUGGCAUCAGGCCAGUCAAAUCCCUGAUACGUCAGAUCCAGUUGUUGCUGAAGGAGUAUCUUACAUCCGGGGACCUGGCCGAGGCCAUGCGCUGCGUCAGGGACCUGGAAGUACCACACUUCCAUCACGAACUGGUUUAUGAGACGGUGCUACUAGCAGUGGAAGCUAUCAACUCCAGCGUAGAGGAACAGCUCUGUACCUUCCUGGCUGAACUGAGGAGAUGUGUGAUCGUUACUCCUGACCAGAUGGACAGGGGUUUCCUCCGCGUGUUGGAGGACAUGUCGGACAUAGUGCUGGACGUGCCGCUGGCCUACAUCAUGCUGGACAGGUUCGUGGAGCGGUGUCAGCUGAGGUUCAGGCUGGGGGAUCACGUGCUGGCCAGGAUGCCCACCAGGGGCCGCAAGCGUUUCGUCUCUGAAGGGGAUGGAGGUCUGAUUAAAGACCACGCUCUGAAACUGAGGGAAUAG